GGACCCACCUCCGGACCCUGCGGUCCUGAAAGCGUUAAUUUGUUCGGGGGUUGCUCGGGGUAAAGUUUCUUUCUGUGAACCGGUGGGCGGGUCAACGCUGCUGCGCGAAAGGAGAGGAUUAGUUCAACCACACGAGAGAGAUGUCCAUGCUUUGAGCUACACCUGCAGCGCGUGUGUAUGUGUGUUUUUAUAAUCAUUUCUCAGUCAUGUCUCGCAUAUUAAACGUCAUCAAAAUCCAGCUGCGAAGAGGAGGGAGCGCUGGACUUCCUCUGAGGACCAUCUCCUGCACUUCAGCAACACGCGCUGAAAAAAGGGGUGAAUCUUCAGUUCUGGGAAAACGAUGGAAGGACACGGCAAACACGGUCAUCAUCGGCGGUGGAUGUGUGGGGGUCAGCUUGGCCUAUCACCUGGCCAAAGCUGGCAUGAAAGAUGUGGUGCUGCUGGAAAAGUCUGAGCUGACCGCUGGAUCCACCUGGCAUGCCGCUGGUCUAACAACAUACUACCAUCCUGGUAUUAACCUUAAGAAAGUCCACUAUGACAGCAUCAAACUAUACGAGUCUCUGGAGGCUGAAACUGGCCAGGCGGUGGGCUUUCACCAGCCUGGCAGUGUCAGAAUUGCCUCCACACCAGCUCGAGUGGAUGAGAUGCGGUACCAAAUGACCCGCACGCACUGGCACGUGACGCAACAGUACUUUAUUGAACCUGAGAAAGUCCAGGAACUCUUUCCGUUACUUAACAUGGACAAGGUGUUGGCAGGUCUGUACACUCCAGGCGACGGUCACAUCGAUCCUUACUCACUGACCAUGGCUCUGGCUGCUGGGGCCCGCAUGUACGGAGCUCAGAUCUACAACCCGGCUCCGGUCAAUGGUCUCAGACCCACUGCUGAUGGCAAAUGGGACGUGGACACCCCACACGGAACGAUCCGCGCCAAUAGAAUCGUCAACAGUGCAGGAUUCUGGGCCAGGGAAGUGGGACAGAUGAUUGGGUUCGACCACCCGACCAUACCAGUGCACCAUCAAUACGUAGUGACAGCGACCGUCCCAGAGGUGAAGGCUCUGAAAAAGGAGCUGGCCGUCAUCAGAGACCUGGAGGGGUCGUACUACCUGCGUCAGGAGAGAGACGGCCUCCUGUUUGGACCCUAUGAGAAGAUGGAAAAGAUGGUGCUGCAGGACUCCUGGGUCAGAGACGGCGUCCCUCCAGGUUUUGGAAAAGAGCUUUUUGAGUCAGACCUGGACAGGAUCAUGGAGCAUGUGGAGAUGGCCAUGGAGACUGUUCCUGUGCUGAAAAAAGCCGACAUCAUCAAUAUCGUGUCUGGACCAAUCACUUACACCCCUGACCUGCUGCCCAUGGUGGGACCACACCAGGGGGUUCGCAACUAUUGGAAUGCCAUUGGCUUUGGGUAUGGGGUCAUUCAUGCUGGUGGUAUUGGGAAGUUCCUCAGUGACUGGAUAGUGAAUGGUGAGCCUCCCUACGACCUCAUCGAGUGUGACCCUAACCGCUACGGCAACUGGACAGACGUGCCGUUCCUGUGUGCCAAAGCCCGAGAGUCUUACGGCUUCAAUAACGUCGUUGGUUACCCCAAGGAGGAGCGGUUCGCUGGGCGACCAACCGUACGAACAAGCGGUGUUUACGAACUGCUGAAGGGCAAAGGAUCCAUGGGCUUUCACGCUGGAUGGGAACAGCCUCACUGGUUCUACAAACCUGGAGAUGACACCGGUUACAAGCCCAGCUUCCGUCGCACCAACUGGUUUGAACCCGUUGGCAGAGAGUGCAAGCUGGUGAUGGAGAAGGUGGGAGUGAUCGACCUGACGCCUUUCGGCAAGUUCAUGGUGAAGGGAAAGGACUCCCACAAGCUGCUGGAUCGGCUGUUCGCUAACAGCAUGCCUAAGGUAGGCCAGACUAAUAUCAGCCACAUGUUGACACCCACUGGGAAGGUUUAUGCAGAGGUCACCAUCACCCAACUGACACCAGGAGAGUUUCUGCUCAUCACAGGCUCGGGGUCAGAGCUGCAUGACCUCAGGUGGAUAGAGACAGAGGCGGUAGACGGUGGUUACGAUGUGGACAUUAGCAACGUGACAGACGACAUCGGUGUGCUGGGUAUCGCUGGACCAAACUCACGCAAAGUUCUUCAGAAACUGACAGAGGAGGACAUGAGUGAUGCAACCUUCAAGUUUCUCCAGUGCAAGUCCAUCACGCUCGCUGGCGUUCCUGUCCGCGCCAUCAGGAUCUCCUACACUGGUGAGCUUGGCUGGGAGCUGUACAUUGACCAGAAGAACAUGGCUGCUGUGUACCAGGCCAUGAUGGAGGCAGGUAAAGAUGAAGGCAUCGACAACUUUGGUACCUACGCCAUGUCCUCCCUCAGACUGGAGAAAGGCUUCAGAGGCUGGGGAGCUGAGAUGAACUGUGACACCAACCCCCUGGAGGCUGGGCUGGACUACUUCAUCAAACUCAACAAGCCUGCUGACUUCAUUGGUAAAGCAGCACUUCAGGAGAUCAAAGCCAAAGGUCUGAAGAGGAAGUUGUCCUACAUCACAGUGGACACGGACAACAUUGACCCAGAGGGCAACGAGACUGUCUGGUGUAACGGCAAGGUUGUCGGCAACACCACAUCCGGAGCCUACAGCUACAGCAGCCAGCAAAGUCUGGCGUUUGCCUACCUGCCCCUGGAGCUGUGCUCUGUGGGGCAGAAGGUGGAGGUAGAACUGUUGGGAAGAAAAUACCCAGCCAUGGUCAUCCAGGAGCCGUUAAUGCUCACCGAGCCCACGAGGACCCGGCUGCAGAAGAAAGCAAAGAGCAAAUCUUAAUCCUGGACCACCUUCAAACUGUUUGCCACUGGCUGUGGAAGAAGGAUCUUACUGUGAAUUAUUAAUCAGCCUUAAAUGAAGGGAGAUGCUGUCAGGGAGAGAUUUUUCUGUCUCCUGUGGAAGGAUGAGCAUCCAGAGAAUCCAUGGUCCCAUCUAAGCAGUGAAGUAUGACAACUGCUGAGGGAUACAUUUGAUACACAGUGUCUUAAAUGAAGAGCUGAUGUCAUUGUUUUUUUAAUUUCAUGGUUCAAGGCUCAACAACUGGACCAUUUAUGGAGGAAAAUCAUUAAAGUUUCCUAAAAAUGUCCAAAA